AGGAAUGACAUCCUAUAAGCUAACAUUGUCAGAGCCGGUGAUCCGAGACCGGCAGUUCACCAAGCCGCUGAUGUGUGGCCCAGGCCCCUGCGAUGUUUGGCCAUCUGUCGCCGAAGCCCUGACCAGGCCCGUCAUAUCACCGAUAUGCGAUGAAUACUUCAAUGUAAUGGACGACAUUCGCGCGGGAAUUCAAUAUUUAUUCCAAACACGAAGCCCUCUGGUGCUCGCCAUCAGCGGGUCAGGCCACACCGGCAUGGAGACCAUCAUCAGCAACCUGCUUGCCCCUGGCGAGCUGCUUCUCGUCCCUAACAGGAGUAUAUGGGACGAACGCGCUACUAAAAUGGCCAGUAGAUAUGGUAUUAAAGUGGAGACAAUUGAAACGUCAGUACCGUUCACAACUUUUUCAUUGGAAGAAAUAGAGUCAGCAUUGAAAAAGCUUCGUCCAACUGGGAUGUUCGUCACACACGGGGACUCCUCGACGGGCACCAUCCAAAGUUUGGAGGGUCUUGGCAAGCUCUGCCAUAAAUAUGGAACUCUGCUGCUAGUCGACACCGUGGUGUCUCUCGGUGCGGUGCCGUUUUUUAUGGACGAGUGGGGCGUCGACGGCGUGUACACUUCAGGCCAGAAAGCGUUAAGUGGGCCUGCUGGCAUAUCACCUGUAGCUUUCAGCGCCCGAGCAGAAGCAAAGAUAAACAACAGGAAGCAUGAGCCACCGUUCUACUUCGACAUGAAGUUAUUGGCUCAGCAAUGGAACUGUUAUGACAAGAUCCGUGUCUACCAUCACACAUUAAGUCCACCACUAGUGUGGGCGCUUCGACGAUGCCUGGAAGAAGUCAUCAGCGAAACUCUUCCCAAAUCUUGGAUCCGCCAUGCGGCAGUCACCGCGCGCUUCCACAAACGUCUGCAGGACUACGGAUUCGAGUUCCUCAUCAAGAAACCAGAGGAUCGACUGGCUACCGUCACCACCAUUGCAUUGCCGAGGGGAUACGAUUUAAAACAGUUCGUGGAUCACAUGAGAGCCAAGCACAAUAUCAUGAUAAUGGCAGGCCUGGGACCUACCGUCGGCAAAGCUCUGAGGAUCGGCAUCAUGGGAGUCAACUCUACUAUGGAAGUGGCGGACCAAGUCGCGGACGCGAUGGCAGAAACCAUGCGAACUUUGACCAAAUCAUCACUUUGAGUCCCAUUUGUUGUUUUUGAUACGCA